GGGAAAAAAUACUGAGGAAAUGUUUGAAGUAUUUGCUAAAGGUGAGUUAUUUCUCUAUCCAUUUAACAACUCGAUGCACUCCCUCACAAAAUGUCAUUGGAUGAAAACACAUUUAAUUAUUCUCAACCCAAGCUAACGAAAGAGGACUGGAGGACCACACAUUGUGCUUUACAUUCAGUGCCUCAUGAUGCACCCGUCGGGUAAACGAGCCACUCGCAGAGAGGAGCUGCUGCUGGAGUUGGCUUGUGAGUGGGGCUCGUGUCAGGAGACGUUUGACAGGAUGCAGGACUUCUGCCAGCACGUGGAGAAACAUUAUAAAGCUACCGUGGACAGUGAGACAGACUUACCAGAUGAGGAGCAUAACUGUCUAUGGCGAGACUGUGGUUUCUGCUCAGUGGAAGGAGAUGCGGAGCUUCUCAGACACAUGUUUUUCCAUUGCUACCACACCAAGUUGAAGCAGUGGGGACUUGCUAUACUCAAUGGCCACAGUGAUAUGGGUGCCUGCUCGGUCGGCCUGCUCAACCGCAACAUUGUGCCUGAGGUCCAAGAGAACUUCCUCUGUCUUUGGGAGCAUUGUGAGAUGUCUAUGGAUAAUCCAGAGUGGUUCUACAGACAUGUGGAGAUGCAUGCCCACUGUCUCGAGGCUAAUGAAGAGAAUGUUUUGUUCUGUGGCUGGAAAGAUUGUGAGGCCUCUUUCAAGGGCAGGUUUAAGUUGCGAGAGCACAUGCGUAGUCACACACAGGAAAAGCUGGUGGCAUGUCCGACCUGCGGAGGAAUGUUCGCCAACAACACAAAGUUCUUCGACCACAUUCGACGACAGACCUCCAUAGAAGGUCAAAGAUUUCAAUGUUCCCACUGCUCUAAACGUUUCGCCACUGAGCGGCUGCUGAGAGACCACAUGAGGAACCAUGUCAACCAUUAUAAAUGUCCACUCUGUGAUAUGACCUGCCCAUCGCCAUCCUCGCUGAGAAACCACAUCAAGUUUCGUCAUUCCAAUGAGAAGCCUUACAGCUGUGAUUACUGUGAAUACAGCUGUAAAAACCUAAUAGACUUGCGGAAGCAUUUAGACACGCACAGCAGUGAGCCAGCGUAUCGAUGUGACUUCACUGACUGCGAUUACUCCACCCGCUCCCUUUACUCAAUCAAGAACCACUACAAGCGCAUUCAUGAGGGAGAUUACACUCCUCGCUAUAAGUGUCACGUGUGUGAGCAGUGCUUCACCCGGGGGAACAACCUCACUGCCCACUUACGCAAGAAACAUCAGUUCAAAUGGCCUUCAGGGCACCCGAGAUUCAGGUAUAAAGAGCACGAAGAUGGAUUCAUGCGUCUGCAGCUGAUCCGCUAUGAGAGCGUGGAGUUAACAGAACAGCUGAUGCGGGAGCGGCAGGGCGAGGGGGACAGCAGUGAGUCCAGCCAGCAGAACGUCCAAUCCGGGGAAGAACUGGAGGAGACCAUGGGGGGAAAUAAAGAGGCAGGAAUAAGAAAGGAGGGAGCAGAGGUCUGUAGGACUCAGGAAAAUGCAGAAAGUGUGUUCUUGGUGUUGAUGGCCGGCACCUCCUCAGAAACAGACUCUACAAGAGAGGGGUCAGUGAUGUGUCAGCUACAGGACACUGCCCAACAGCUGGGCAUGGAGGUGGUUUAACAGCUCUUCGGAUCCCUCCCUAAGACUGCUGUGUCAGACAAUAAAAAGGGACAUUAGGACAUUCCUUUUAACUCUGAGACAAUACUCACUGUACUAUGAGACUAACAGGGGACCAAACCUGGAUAAGAGUGUUUUAGGAUGCUGUCAUCCUCAAUCACCUUGAACACUGCACUGAACAGAAAAGAUCAAGCUAAAUCACAAGUUAGUCUGGGGAUUGCUUAAAGAGAUGAUUUACUUAAAAAGGGAAAUUUCUGUGAUAAUUUACUGACCCUAUGUCAUUCUGACACUAUAUUAUUUUGUCUGGCAUGAAACAAAAUGAGGUGUUGUUAAGUAGAGUGUUUGACCUGCCUUUUUCCAUUCUAUGAAAAUGAAUAGUAAUUUAUACUACCAAGCUCCAAAAGGGCAAAAAAAGCAUCAUGAGAUUAUAUUAAAUGUAGUCCAUAUAUAACUUGUACGUUAUAUUAUAAGUAGUUAUAAGUGCUGUUUUCCCUUUUUGGAGUUUGGAAGCAUAAGUUACCUGCCUUGUAAGUAAUAUAAGGUAAUAGGAACACACAGGCACACAAACACGCACCUCUUAUUGUGUUUCACACGGAACAAGGAAAAUACAGGGUUGGGUGAUUAAAUGACAAUUUGUACUAUAAAAAACAUCCUUUUACA